UACAAAAGAAAUAAUAGUCUAAAAACUGCAGAAUUUACUCAUCACCUGCUGUUAGAAUCUAGUCACUGUGUGAUUUAGUCGAAGAAGAAGACGAACAUCAUGUUUAAAAAGAAGCCAACCGUCCAAGAACAACUACGUGAGAAUGACAGAACGAUGAGAAAAACCCAGAGAGACCUCACGAGGGACCGAGAUAAGCUCGAGAGGGAGGAAAAGAAAAUUGAAAUGGAAAUAAAGAAGGCAGCUAAGCAAGGGAAUAAACAGGCAGCCACAGUCUUAGCUAAACAGUUAAUUGCAAUAAGGAAACAAAAAACAAAGAGUUACUCUGUAGGCUCCAAAAUAUCCUCCAUAGGGAACCAGCAAAAGUUAAUGCACUCUAACAUGAAGAUGGCUGGUGCCAUGGCAACAACAACAAAGACAAUGCAACAGAUGAACAAAGUCAUGGAUCCUCAGAAGACAGCGAAGAUGAUGCAGGACUUUGAGCGAGAAAACAUGAAAAUGGGAAUGUCUGAGGAAAUGAUUAACGAUACGUUAGACGACAUUCUGGGAGAAUCAGGUGACGAGGAGGAAUCUGACGCCGUCGUCAACCAGGUCUUGGACGAGAUCGGAAUCGAGAUCACUGGAAAGAUGGUGAGUGCUCCUGCUGCUCCUAGUCGAGGCCUCGGGGAAACUUCGAAGUCUCGGGUGACAGAUGAUGAUAUAGAAAAACAAUUAGCAGCUCUUAAAGAUCUAUAGUGAAAGAUAAGAAAGAUGUUUGGCGUUAUUCUGUGUCCAGAAUGGAUUCUAGAUAAAUGUGACAUACAAAAUUGUAUACAACCUUAUAAUUGUAUGAAUUGGUGUAUUCAGUUUAUGCCAUUCUUUUGAAUGGGUUUGGGAUGUAUGCUUGAGUGAUUUGAAUAAUAUUACCUCUGACUUCUAUAAGCAAACUGUAAACAUAGCUACAUGAAUAUUGAUGAGUUUAUUUUCAAGGUACCUAUCCUUAUUCACGUUAUUUUGUGAGUGGGAACUUUAACUGUGUAGUAGAAUUCAGUAUUUUCUGUUAUCAGUGAUGAGAAAUUUGAUGUGCAGAUACAAUGAUGAUUAUUACGUUUAAUUAUUCAUUAAUUUUGCCAGUCUUUCCAGAUGUCAGCCUUUGCAAGUUUCAAUGUUUGCUA